AACUACCGGCAAAAUAAAUACCGAAAUCAUCAACUUCAAUAAUGCAAGAAAAGUAUCAAUCACUGAUGAAAAAAAAUCAACACCAGUGAUGCAAGAAAAAUGUCAACCACUGGGGAAAGAAACACUGACACCAACGACACAAGAAAAGGCACUAGCCACUGGCAAAAGAAGCCCCAAAAUAAACAACACCAAUGACAUGAGAAAAGACACCAACUACCGGCGAAAGAAGCAGCACUGA